AAUCAGCGCGAGGGGGAAGGGGGGGGCGUCGCUCGUGCUCCGGGCGGUUGGUGAUUGGCGCCAUGUAUUGGGGGUGCGCACGCCUGGUUGCCCCUCUCUGCCGCCGCCGCCGCCCACCCAUCGCCGCUUUGCUAUGGACCAGGCGCGGCUACAGCAACAUGGACGGGGACAGGGACAGGGACAGUUCUAACACCAAUGCAGUGAAGCCCAAAGCUCCAAAGAUUUACACCAAAACAGGAGACAAAGGGUAUUCCAGCACAUUCACUGGAGAACGCAGGCAAAAGGAUGAUAAUGUGUUUGACGCGUUGGGCAGUACGGAUGAAUUGACGUCUGCAAUCGGGCUGGCAAUGGAGUUCUGCUUGGAAAAAGGUCAUGAGUUUGUGGACGAGCUGCAUGAGAUCCAGUGUGUGUUGCAGGAUGUUGGGUCCAAUGUGGCUACUCCCAUUUCCUCUGCGCGAGAGAGCCAUCUCAAGAGGACAGCAUUUAGUGGAAAGCCAGUAAUCGAGCUGGAACAGUGGAUUGAUCGCUAUACAGAGCAGCUCCCACCUCUGACGAACUUCAUCUUACCGUCGGGAGGAAAAUGCAGCGCGACCCUGCACCUGGCCCGAUCGAUUUGUCGCAGGGCCGAGAGGAGCAUGAUCUCCAUCGUACAGUCCGGCGAAGCUGAUCGCAAUGCUGCAAGAUACCUCAACAGGCUAAGCGACUACCUGUUCACGUUGGCGCGAUACGCUGCCAUGAAGGAAGGGAUGAAGGAGCACGUCUACAAGAGGAGAAAUUACGAUUAGCAGAGAGCUGCUGACUCUCCUUCAUGAGAGGAGAUGGGGCUUGGCCCCGUAUCUGCUGAUCUAAACACAGCCUAUUAAACUGUAAGUGCAAUUUUUCCUUGCACAAUCAACAAAGGCAUUUGAGAUUUUUAAACUGAAUCACUUUGAAUUUCUGAUUCUUGGAGAUUGGGCUGUGUGAUUGUGCUUCCAUGUUUGUGUGGGGGGAAUGUUUUUGUUUGUACAUGCUUGUAUUUGAUAUGGCUGAUGGCAAAGGUGAGGUGCUGCCCAUUGUGCCUUUAUUGGGAAGCACUUCAUGACCAAGGUUUAAUCCUGGGGUUUAGGAUGGAAAGACGCACUUAAUGGAAAGCUGGGCAAAGCCAAUCAUCGGUAUUUAUAAAAAUGUAUCUUUGAGGUUGAAUUUGUUUUCACUGGGUUUAUAGUAAACCAGCUUGCAUUCAAGCAGUUGUUUGUCCCUCAUUUCUAUACUAGAAAAUUAAUCAUUCAAAAAUAAAUAAAUAAUGAUUUAAAGCUGUGGUAGGCAUGGGGUCUGAACCGUAAAAGUCGUAGACCAAAAUGGUGGGGGGGGAGGUGGUAAAGGAAAUAACCUUUUCUCAGAGCAAGAAGGAGGUAUAGGAAAUAAUCUUUGUGCUCAAGUGAAGGGUUUCUCAGUACAUUAGAGAACUUUCCUACUCUUUUUGAUAUGAGCGCUCCACAUUUGAAGUUGGGCCUUGAAUCAUCGGGACAGAGUGUUGAAUUUCUGGUACUCCAACAUUCAGAACACUUUUUACUGCAACGAGAGACAAUUUUCAUGUUCCUUCACCAGUUUUAUUUGUGGCCCGAGGCACUCAAUUCAGUACUUUAGUACUAUUCCAAAUUAAUUGUAUUGACUCUUGUACAGUACGUCGCGGUAGAACUCUGAUCCGAACUCCUAGCAGAGACAGCGUCCUAUCAACAAUCUUGGCAGAUCUUCCUUUUGAGAAUAUAAUAUGGACUCCAUUUCCCUAUCUUACAUACAAAGACCUGCUAUUCUGAACCUACGGCUAUGCAGGAGUAUAUAACCCAUAUCUAUCCAGGUUAUUGUGACAGAUCUCUGGGGUGACGCAGUACUGGAGCACCUUUUGUAUUAAUAACUUGACGUAUUGCAUUAACAAUUGUAGAUGGUUUUUUAAGUACGAAUGCCUUAGUUCUGUAAAUUAGCACAAUUUGCUUGGAAAUGGGGGGGAAAAAUACAUGAAAUGCAUCAACUGAGAGCGGGCUCUGUGGUGAGGAUGAAAGAACGAGACCAAGUGGAGAUUAAUUCUGAGAAAUCCGUCACUUUUGGAUGCACAGAUUUUUUAUUUUUGCAGAUCAUUCAGGUUAUUUCCUUCAGCCCAUUAAAUUGCAAUCAAGUGUUCAUUUGCCGGCUAGUAAAAUCUUUUAAUGUCAGUUCAUGACUGUGAUCUCCCUGUGAGGCUUUCAUUUUGUGACUUGUAUUGAAUUAAAAGUCUGAGUUGUAAAUAAAUAUGCUGUAAAAAAUGACUGGUUGGAAAUAAAUGAUACUUUGAAAGCAGUGAA